AUGGCAAGCAUUCCUGGAAAAUUUGCUCCUUCUAAUGGGUCUAUCUAUGUAUGCAACCUGCCUCAUGGGACUGACGAUAAUAUGUUGGCUGAAUAUUUUGGUACCAUUGGAGUAAUAAAGAAAGAUAAACGUACAGGAAGACCUAAAAUAUGGUUAUAUCGAGACAAAGAGACUAAUGAACCAAAGGGAGAUGCUACUGUGACAUAUGAGGAUCCGCAUGCUGCCGUGGCUGCUGUUGAAUGGUUUAACAACAAAGAUUUUCAUGGCAAUGCUAUUGGAGUUUAUAUAGCUGAGUCAAAAAACAAGGAUGACCAAACUUAUAAUUCAAUAGCAGAUCCGGUUGUUGCUGGUGAUAUUGUUGGACCAGAAGAAACUGAAAGUGAUGUUAAUGGUGUUAAUGGAGGAGGUGUAGGUCAAAUUGAUGCUUCCAGCAAACCAUGGCAACAAGAGGGCGAUUGGAUGUGUCCGAAUACAAGUUGCUCCAAUGUGAAUUUUGCUUUUCGUGGUGCGUGUAAUCGCUGUGGAAGUGCACGCCCUGCUGGUGCUUCUGGCGUUGCGGGAGGAGGUGGCCGUGGCAGGGGACGUUCUGGGCAAGAUUCAGGGGGUAUUGGCCGUCCAGCUGGUGCAACUGCAGGACUAUUUGGUCCUAAUGACUGGUCUUGUCCAAUGUGUGGCAAUAUCAAUUGGGCAAAGCGAUUAAAAUGCAAUAUUUGCAAUACAAAUAAGCCUGGCCACAACGAGGGUGGUGUAAGAGGAGGGCGAGCUGGAGGUUACAAAGAGCUUGAUGAAGAGGAAAUUGAAGAAACUAAACGUCGCAGGCGGCAGGCUGAAGAUGACGGUGAGCUGUAUGAUGAAUUUGGAAACCUUAAGAAGAAAUUCCGUGCCAAAACACAGCAUUCUGAAGCUGCACGAGUGCUUCCUGGUUCAGGGCGUGCUGGUUGGGAGGUUGAGGAUCUAGGGAUUCACAGAGAUGCUACAGAAAAAAGCAGAGACAGGGGAAGGGAUCGUGAUGAUGGAGAGCAAAGAAGCAGAGAGCCAAUCGAGAAGGAGAGACAAAGCAGUCGGAAUAGAGAGAGGGACAGAGGAAGAGAUCGAGACAGGGAUUAUGGGCGAGAUCGGGACCGGAGUAGACACCGAUAUUAA